AUUUCCAUUCCAAUUUCCAGUUCGCGUUUGUUGCCCGUGAAGGAUGCCUUCUGCCAACCCUAAACUAGAGAAACAGGCCUCUACGGAGACCGUGGAACCCAUACGCCAAGCGAUUAUCGUUAUCGAACAUAAAAUACGGAAUCUUGAAAAGCGUAAGGGCAAGCUAGAGUCCUAUAGAGAUCUACAAAAAAAUGGAAGGGAACUAAAUGCGGAUCAGACCAAGGCUGUAGCUAAAUAUGAUGGAGUAUUACAAACCUUGGAUAUUACUCGCGAAUUGUAUAAACAAAUUGUCGGUAUUGCCAAUGAUGCUGUUAAACAACAAAAGAAAUUGGCACGUAAAGAAGCUGUUGAAAGAACACAGCAAGAUAUUGCUAAGGUUAGGGAAGUACUACUUAUUCAGGAUAUUUUGACGAGUAUGAGUACAAGUACUGUACGAGAAGACUUUUUAGCUGGUACAAAUGGUGCUGUAAAAAUGUCAGAAGAUGAAUUGAAAUAUAUAGAUGAUCUUUACAAUGAAGUUAUAAUGAAACAUCAGCAUGAAGAGGGAGAGCCAACAGUUCUUCAACAAGUACAGAAAGUUGCAGAACAUUAUGUAGCAAUUGUUGAUGGUAAACAAAGAGAAGUUGUUGGAACCACUUACAAUAAAUUAAAGGAAAUCAUACAUUCUAUUCAUCAAUCUGGAUACUUUGAUCAAUCUCAUACAGUUGAAUCUGCGGUUGAGGAAACUACUGAAACUACUGCUGAAACACAAAUCACGGAUACUUCUGUGCCAGAGCAAGUUAAUGAAGAAUUUAGUAACAGUGAAAGGCACAUUCCACCUGAAUCCAUAAUACCCAUUCCUAGCUUUCCAGUUCAAGUUGCUCCUCUUCCUGUAGUGUCAGGCACAGCUCCAGUUUCUGGUCCAAUCCCUGUUGUACCACAACCUAUUCCACCACAUCCAACUGCAUCUGUUGAGCCAUCAUAUUACACAAAUGCAACUGGAUUUGUACCACAACCACAACAACAGCAACAACAAGCUCAACAGUCACAACAGCAACCUCCACAAGCUCCUAGAAUUAAUGAUGUUAUUGGAACUCCAAAUUUUUUCUUUCUGCAAGAAUCUGAACUUGAUUCACCAGAUGUCACUUCUCAAACACCUAUUGUAUCACACAUUCCUCCUGCAGUUAAUGCACCUAUACCUUCUCAGACAUUUACAAAUCAGAAUUUCACAAACGCAACUGUUGUACCUCAACAGGUAAUAUAUCAACAUCAACCACCUCAAGAUAUGUCGCACAUUCCUGGAUUUGCUAAUCCUAAUCCACCCCCACCAAUACCUAUGCCGCCAUCUCAUCAACAAACAAAUAUUCAAUACAGUCCUCAACACCCUGCUGGUUUUCAACAACAAGCAGCAUCCCAGCCUAUUCCAACACAAGGACAAAAUUUCGAACAGACAUCUCAACAAGAUGGCCAGGAAAAACAUAUAGAGGAAAAAACAGAAGAGAAUCAAGAAGAAUCAGCUCCAGCAGAGACAGAAACAGAUCAGCCAAGCGAAUCUGUUGAUUGGGCUCAAUUAACAGAACCUACAGACUGGAAUCAAUCAGAAACAGCUCAACAACCUGUUCCAGACACACAGCAACAACAGCAGCAACAACAACAACAAACAACUCAACAAGCUUGGAGCGAUCAACAGAGAGGUGGAUAUAGAGGUAGAGGUGGUAGAAGAGGUAAUUCUAAUGGGUACAAUGGAAGAGGCAGGGGUUAUCAGCAAAAUGGUCGUGGUGGACAAGGUACAUAUUAUCGCAAUGACAGUAACUAUCAAAAUGGUUAUCAGCAACGUUCGUGGAGUAAUGAAGGAAACGGUGGAUACAACGGUGGUUUUAAAAGAGGUGGAGGCAGCACAAGAGGUGGUCCUCGGGGUGAGCGUGGUAUGGAUAGGGGUGGACGUGGACAAUAUCGUGGUCAAAGAGGAGGAAAUCGCGGCGGUUAUGCACCUCGCGGUAAGCCUCAGGCACAACAGUAACGACUACAUGGUAGAAUAAUGCACAGUGAAAUGUUAUAUUAAUGCUCUAAGAUCACUAUUCAAUUGUCUAUUUAUGAAAAAACCUAAGUCGGCACAAUACAUUUGCAGCAUGCUCAGAACGUUAAUGUAUACACAUAGAUCAGCAUAAGUAUAUAUACAUAUAUAUAUGUGUAUGUAUGUAUGUAUGUAUGUAUGUAUGUAUGUAUGCAAAAGCGCGAUCGUAUAAAGAACAGAAUCUUUGAUAUUUAAUGUUGCAUUAUACUACGUUUAUCAUGUACAAAGAAGCGCGCAGUAUGAGUUUUAUUUAUAAUAAUAUAGUAAGAUAGAUAUAAUGGAAACAAAAGUUAUCAUUGCAUAACUUAAAACACUCUUAGUGUCUUAUUAUUUCACAAUAAGUUAUUAUAACACACAUGCUGGUACUUAUGUUUCUGGCUUAGGAUGUUUCUUAAAUAAGACGAUGAAUAACAUAACUGCAUUUGAAUUUGGUAUCUAUGAUUAUCAAAGAAAAAGAUCCUAUUAACAUUAAUGUAAAAAUAAUGCAAAUGUAAUAUUGUGAUAUAAAAAAAAAAAAGAAAAAAAAAAGAGAAGAAGAAAAAGAUCAACCAAAUUCAUGAAGUGUGAACCCACUAUGCAAGUAUUAUUGUGUUGUGACGGAAGGCAGAUUUCACAGGGCAACAACUGUUCAACAACAAAAAAAAAUUAAAAAAAUUAUAAUAAUAAUUUUAUUAUAAAAAAAAUAACAAAAAAAAUGUGAGAACUCAUACACGCAUUUCAAGGAAACACAACAAGAACGUAUUUAAAAAUGUAAUUAUAAGAUGAUCGUAAGAGAAUAGAAGCGAUCUGCUAGACUAUUUCUUUGUCUUGCGGCGCAUCGUUCUAGAGGAUUUUUUAAGAUACCAGAAAAAAAGAACACGGAGAGAGCAAUGCCUUCUAGUGAUAUAACUUCUAGACUAUAUUCCAGUUCCGGUCUACGAAUUUGAAGCAUUUAGAUUAAUGUUACCGAGAUUUAUAGUCGUAAAAUGGAUGAGGAUACGCAAAUUUAUGAAAAUGUUCUAUCAUGGAUGAGUUACGUGAUUCCUCUUCUGGAAAUUCAUAUUGUUCCCCUAUUUUUUCUUUGUUUAUUUCAAAAUUCUUUAGGAUCCUCUCUACAUUCAAUUGUUCUAAAGAUAUCGCUGUGCAAUGUUGACAUUAUGCAUGAUUAUCUGAUUUAUUAUUUCGAAAAAUGAAGACUUAUUUAAAAAAAAAAAUAAAUAAAUAAGCUGUAGUGCCGAGUGAGUUUUAGCAUGGCAAACAUGCUAAGUGUACAAUUAAUUAGAGGGUGUGCUUAUGUAGUACGCCAUGGACACAAACUGCGUUUGUACCGCCACGUAUGCGAUACGAAAAGUAAUGUAUUUUGUUUGUACAUUUGUGUUUAAUCAUCCUUAAUCUACAAUUACGUUCAAUUAUCCUAUCAAUACCUGUGUAUCUUCCAAAUAAAGAUCUAAUUCAACCCUGCUAA